AUGGCGCGUGGGCUGUUAAGCCCCCAGUCAUUGCGGUGCCUUGGCCUGCUUUCCAAUCUCGGGAGAAGGCAGCGACCAUCAUGGUCAGCCCUCCAGCUCCGAACGUGCGGGAGUCAGAGUGACAUGGCAGGCGUGCACAAGAGCCCCAUCGUACAGCUUUUGUGGAAGGAGAGGGCAAACCUACAACGAGUGACUGCUACUGGUGGCAAGCCCCAAGAGAAGCUUUUGACAAAGACCGCAUCGGAUUCCCGUGUAGCGGUCUCCUAUAACUUCAAAGACGAUCUGCUUCUGAAGGAGCAGUACGCCAACUUCAAUGGUUUGAUUCAAUUCAGUAAGCUGUUUGAGGAUUUGGAUGCUCUAGCAGGCAACGUUGCCUUCAAGCAUUGCGAUGAUGAUGACCCUGAAACAAGAAUGCCGCAUUUGGUGACUGCUUCUGUGGAUCGAAUCCGACUGGCCCCAGGCAUUGCUAUUUCACUGGACCAGAACUAUCAGAUGUCUGGCCAAGUCUCGUGGGUGGGUAGUUCAUCACUGAUUAUUCACAUGAAGCUCACGCGCGAAUCCGACAGCGUUGACGUUCUGGCGGCCAACUUUACCUUUGUGGCGAGGGACAUCAUGUCUGGCAAGAGCUGCAAGGUCAACCGCUUAGAGCCAGAAACAGAGGAAGAGAAAAAGCUCUUCCAGAUGGCCGAUGACAAGAACAAAGCCAGGAGACUGGCUCGAGCAGCUGGCAAGACUGCAUCAAACGCUGAGACGGAUGCAACGCAUACGUCUUUGGCAAAGGAGCUGCUGGACCAAGGACGGCUGCUUCAGGACAUGCCUGGACUUGCGGUUGGUGACGCCGUCCUGAUUCACCAGACGCAGCGCGAGACCAUGAUCAUCUGCCAGCCGCAGCAGCGCAACACCGCUGGCCGCAUGUUUGGUGGUUACCUCAUGAGGUGCGCCUAUCGCUGUGCGUUUCCGACUGCCUACAUGUUUGCGGGCUCCUUUCCGCAUUUUGUGGAGGUCGAUGAGGUCAGCUUUAUCCACCCAGUGGAGGUUGGAGACAUCUGUGAAUUCAACGGACGGGUAAUGCUGACGUAUACCAAAGUCCGACCAAUUUUGCAUGUAGAGGUGACGGCGUCCGUUCUGAAGCCCGACCAGAAAUCCAGCUUGGUCACAAACGUCUUUAACUUCGUGUUCGAACUACGACCGAAGCCUGGACAAGCUCUUCCUGUGAUCAAGCGUGUUUUCCCUGCCACGAACACGGUCGCGCAGCGAGUUGUCAGUCGGUUGCAGAAAGAGAAGCAGCUAACUCUUGCACCUUGCGUGGCAGCCAGCUGUGAAAGUUUCCUGCAGGUCCUCGAUGUCUUCAAGAUUGGGCAGGCUCGGGUCGUGGUGGUGGCCAACGAGAGCCGGAACCGAGCCAACCAGGUGGCAACUGCCAUUCGAGCAAAGUAUCCCGAUCUGCCAAUGGUCGUGAGAGCGAAGGACUCUGAGCACAAAGAAUGGCUGGAGAGUGCACUGGGCGUUAAGGCAUUGAUGCCCGCAAUGAUCGCUGUCCGCCAGUGCCUCAGCUCUUGUGCUUGGCAAGCUGUGGGUCCAGGAGCAUGGGGUAGAGAAUCUCCCUGGAACCUUUAA